AUGUAUUUGAUAAUCUUAGCUUUAUUACCUAUACUGAAUUCUUAAACAACUAAGCUAAUAUCAAAUAUCAAUAACACUAAAAACUAUCAUUUACAUUUAAAUGAAGAGAAAGCAUUUUUGAAAUUCCCUAAUGUUAUAGAUGCUUAAUUAUAUACAAAUCAUUCAGAUCCUUUUUGCAAAUUAUCUCAAAAAAAUAUAGCUAUUUAUUAAAAAUAACUUCAAAUACUUGAAAAUCAUUAAAUAUAUGAGUAAUCAAAUAUUAUAAACUAGAUAAGUUGAUGAUCAAGUAUAUCCAUUUAAUUUAAAAUAGUUUAUUUGUAUGACCUAAAUUUAAAAUGGAAUAAUUGUGUUAACAACUGAUUUCAUUCUCUAUUAAUUUGAAUUAAACUAUAAUGCAAUUUAAUCUAAUAAUACUAAUUUAUUUGCAAAAAAGAUUUGGACAGCAGAUUUUAAACCUAUCAUCUAAAAUUUUUCAUAAAUUUCAGAAUUUGCUUAAAUUAUCUUUUGUGCUCCUUUAAAUUCAACUUUGAUAGUAUUUCCAUCAUCUGCAUAUCUUAUAAAUCUAUAAUAAACUAAAACUGAAGAAUCAAAUUUAUAAAUUAUAAGUGUCGGGGAUUGGAUCUCAAGACCAAGUCGAGGAUUAACUAAAUCUAUAAAUGAUUUAAUAUUCACAUGUGUUGGAGAAAAUGGAAUAGAUAUAUAUCGAUCAACUUCUAAUUCACUAAGAUUAUUAGGGAAUCUAAACUAUUCAAGUUUAUAACUAGAAUAAUUUAAUUUGAAAGAUUUUACCUUAAUCAAUCUAAAAGAUUUUAUUUAUAAAUGUUUCUUUUUAGAUGUAAAUGGGAAUGUUUAUGUUAUAGAAAUUAAAAUUAUCAAUUAUGAUUUUACAUUUUAAUUAUUAACAUAAAUUAAACCUAAAGGUUAAGGUAUAUCAAUUGAUACUAAAAAUGGUUUAAAUGUGUUUGUAGCUUACUCAAUUACUCAUUUAUAUUAUGUUAUCGAAUACUAUAUCUCUUUGAAUUAAUCUAUCUGUUUUGAAUUAAAUUCUUAUAUAACAAGAAAUGAAAUUAAAAGUAUAGAUGCUACUGAUGAUUUUGCAAUUUUAUAAGGAAAUAAUCAUCACAAAAUAAUAUUUCGUUCAGAUAUCUUUUAAUUAAAUUCAAAUAUGUAAAAUUUUAUUAAACUUAGAAUCCCAGUCUUUUCAUAUAUUGGUCUUAGAGAUUUUGAAAUGUUUUCAUCAUUUAGUGAAAUUAAUUCUAUAAUGAAGAGUUUUGAUUUUUUUAUUGGAAUAACAUCAACAAGUUUACUCUUGGCAAAAUUCUAUAUUCAACCAUUUCAAAUAAUGUGCAAUCCUGAAUAAAGAGAGUAAUUUUAUUAAAUUUAUUAUAAAUAGAAUAUAAGAAACUCAAUUUUAUCAAUUAAUUACUAACACAUCAUAGAUACUAGAAACAAAUAAUGAAAUUGAUUAGAUUAUAACAUAAACAAUUUUCAACUUUACAAUUGAAUUACUUGAAACCGAUGAUUCAGAAUACUAAAUUGAAGAUUUUUAAAUUGUAAUAGCUAUAAUUUUGUUUCUAUUAUGUAUUUAUUUUAAUGAAAAUAUUUAGUGAGUGCAUUUUUUUAUUAGAUUCACAAAUAUAAAAGAUAAAUUUAGAAUUUAGAAAAAUAGAUUUCUAUGGGUUAAAGGAGAAACUCUAUUAAAGCUUAUUAGAUUUGA